GCAUCAGCUCCAAACUCCACUUCAUCUCUUGCACAGUCAGCCACUCGAUUUCCUCCAACCAGGGAGGAGAGAUACGCCAGCCCUCGUCUCAGCUCAUUCCUAACGUGGAAAAAGGGACAGGAAAGACACCACACCAAUCCGACAGAUUCCAGCAAAUCAUCUACGGAUCAUUGUUUCAUGCCGAAUGCGUGUUAAAGAGCGCGUUCAGUGCGGCACACAUCAGGCUGCUUUAUUGCCAUAGCAGCGGCGCGAGCUGCCUGUAGCUGUACAGGAGCUUCAGCUAGCGACGGAACAAAGAAAACACACACAAAUAUAACCGUCUGCUGAGCAAACUGCUUCCCUGUUCUUUGAGGAGGACGAGGCAAGACCCCGAAGACCAAAACUGACAUGAUGUUUCCACAAUCCAGGCACUCGGCUUCAUCGCAGCAGCUGAAGUUCACGACGUCAGACUCGUGCGACCGCAUCAAGGACGAGUUCCAGUUCCUUCAAGCACAAUACCACAGUCUGAAGCUCGAAUGUGACAAGCUGGCCAGUGAGAAGUCAGAAAUGCAACGUCAUUAUAUCAUGUACUAUGAGAUGUCCUAUGGUCUGAACAUCGAAAUGCACAAGCAGGUGAGUUCAUCUAAUCUGACGAAUUACCAGCAGAGGACUGUUUGUAAUUUUUUGGCUGAGCUGAUGUGGGGGUUUGUGUGUGUGUUUUUAUGGGUGGAGUUUGCUGAAGAGAUGUUUGUGUGUUUGUAUGUGUUUUUUUGUUUAUUCUUGCCUUACCUGUCUCAAGAGCACCAGCAGCAGGUUCUGGGGGCGAUAGAGAGAGCCAAACAGGUCACCCCACCAGAGAUGAACUCCAUCAUACGGCAGCAGCUCCAGGCUCACCAGCUUUCUCAGCUGCAGGGCCUGGCGUUGCCCAUGACCCCUCUCCCUCUCGGCCUCAGCCAACCGGCCGGCCUUCCCGCCGUCACCUCCAGCUCCGGCCUCUUCUCCCUCUCCAGCAUCCUGGCCUCUCAGGCCCAGCUGGCCAAGGAGGAUAAGAGCACACGCGAGACCUCCGACAGCCACCGCGAGGAAGAUGGAGACAAGUCCGACUAGUCGCCCGCCAAACCUGUUCCUUCAUCCGAUCAUCCUCCAGAGCUCCACGUAAAGAGCAGAGGCACUUGUUCCCCUGUUUUUUCCCCUUUUUAUUUUCCUUCGUUUUCCAGUCUCCUUGCAUCUUUCUAUCUACCCUCUAAAUUGCUACUGUGUUCACAUGCCUAAUGUCAUUCCUUCUGGUUCAUUCCACCAGCUCUCUAUAUGUAUUUAUACCAAUCCAACUUUUUAUUGUGUUACGGAUGGUUGAUUUUAUUUUAUUUACACUAUUUCUUGCCUGCGUGUAUGUAUAUAUCUAUAUAUAUAUAUAUUGUAUAUUUCUUAUGCUCGUUGUGGAAAUGGUCUACAAAAUGGUGCGACCGUUAAUGGACCAUCGACCCUUCAGUAAUAAUUCCUCUUUGUUUUUUUUUUUUUCCCGCUCACGCUCUUCCUCUUAAAAUCUUUCACCUUUUAAAGCUACAAUCUACAAUAACUGAGUCAAAAGCACUUUGGCCCCAGGCAGUAACUCUGAGACUAAAAGCAACUUUGAAUCUAAAAACUUAGCCGCGGCAUAAUCCAUUUAGGGUUUAAAGGAUUGGUGUUAUUGUUCGAAGUCAUGGCUGUUGCAUCUAUCCUACCUUAUAGGGACAGUUCAAGUUAAAAUGAGGAUUUGUUUCAUUUUUAUAUCAUCCCAAAGAUGAAGAUAAAGACAUCCCAGAGAUAUUUUGAAGAAGGUUCAUGCUGCUCCUUUCCGUAUCAUAAAAGUGAAUGGUUACCACAGCCAUCAAGCAAAAUUUUUAAUGAGUGUAUAAAAUUUCUUAAGUUUCUCAUUCAAUGGCUUCAGAACACUUGUAAUCAAAAACUAGUC